AUGAGAUUGCAAAUAUUGUUCACUAUUUGUGCGUUCUUACAGUCGCUAUGUGUGGCCUUAUCCCAUGAUAAACUUUUAAAGCUGUCUGAAAAGGGUCCCAAUAAUGUGAUUGAGCUGACUGACAGUAAUUUCAAGCGUGUUCUUGGAUCGCCCCGUGAUUCAUACAUCUUGGUGUUCCUCACAGCUUCAGCACCACAGGUGGGUUGCUCGAUUUGCCUGGAAGCAGCGGAUGAAUUUAAGAUGGUUGCCAAUUCGUGGUUCACCGAUCAUCCUGAUGGAGCUUCUACGAGGGGCAAAGAGGCCAGGAGGCUAUUCUUUGCCAAAUCUGACUUGAAAGAUGCACAACAUAUUCCUCAGAUUUUUGGAUUUUACUCUUUGCAACAUGUUCCACGUCUGCUUCUAUUCUCUCCUGGGGAAGACAUUAACAAAUAUAAGAUUAUUGAUCUUGCAGGUGAUCCUGGUCAGGAGCGUGCUCUUCAAAUCAUCAAUUCUUUGAGAUCAGCGACCAACAUUGAUGAUUUUAACUUACACCUGCCGGUCGAUUGGACUCUUUCCAUCGUCAUCGCAGUCCUGACUUUUGUUGCAGUCUAUAUUUUCAAGAGACAUAGAAGUUUAGUGGCAAAAUUGGUCAAUAUGAGACCAUUGUGGGCUAUUGUCUGGACUUUGUUCAUCAUUUUGAUGCUUGGUGGAUACAUGUACAAUAACAUUAGAAACGCUCAACUUGCAGGUGUGGGCCCUAAGGGUGAGGUAUUGUAUUUCUUACCCAAUCAAACUCAGAAUCAAUUUAAGAUUGAGACUCAAGUGAUUGGCGUGAUAUAUGCUUCAUUGACCGUUUCGUUAUUGUUCCUAAUAUUUGGCAUUCCAAAGUUGAAGGAUUUCUAUAAAGGCUCCAAAAGUGGACAAUUGCUCGAGGCGGCUUCCACCAUCUUGUUUGCAGCCAUCAUUUACGCCUUUUUUGCUGGCUUGACAGCUGUCUUCAACAUCAAACAACCAGGGUACCCAUAUCAAUUGAUGAAAUUAUCUGCUUUGUUCAAAUGA